AUGAGCACAAAACGGCGUGUGGCCGCGGCAGUAGCUUCCCCCGAACUGAAGCUGCGCAGUCAAAAGCGUCGCAAACUGUCUGACGAUGAUCUUGUGGACCCCGACGAGUCAAACCGUGCAUCCUCCGAGCCAGUAGAUGAUGCCGAAGCAGACUUCAGCUCCGGAUCACAAAAUGACGAGGAUGAGCCCGAGGUGGACUUCGAGGGCGAUAGCCUUCAAGCCGCGCAAGACAAGAUCCUAUCGGAGCUAUUCCGACUAAAAGACUCAGAUGGCGAGGAGGUAGCUUACCCGUUCAUCGGUAAACCAGACCGCAACCUGUAUCGGGACUAUUAUGAAGUCAUCCACCAUCCAGUCUCGUUGCGCAGCAUUCAAAAAAAGGUCCGUGGUACCGAUGGAAGGAAGAAAGGUACUAAGAUGACUGCGUUUCCGACGUGGCUGUCUUUCGAAGAGGAGGUCAGUUAUCUGUGGCGAAAUGCUCGAGAGUAUAACGAGGAUGGCAGCGAAAUUUCUGUUCUUGCGGGUGUGCUUGAGGAUUAUUUCCUACACCGAGUGGCAGAGGCCAAGAAGCUUGUUCCGGAUCCCAUUCAGGUAGAUGGUCACCCCGAAUUACCUCGCAUCAAGUUGAAAAUGGCCUCGAACAAUCCGGAGCUGGGGGCGCAAAAGUUAACAUUGAAGAUGGCUCGACAGACCUCCGAACCCCCAAGGGACGAUGAAACGCCAUCCGGGGUCACUGUCGAUAGCGAUUCUCUCAAACGACAACAAGAGCUAGUCCGCACUGGGUCCACCAGCCAAGAGGUUGAUACACAUCAUAUGUCACCUCGAACUAGAUCUCUUCGCAGAAAUAUCGAAAGCCCGAAGUCUAGUGCGGCCACCACCCCGUCAGCUUCGGAGCCACCGCACGGUCUGGCCAAUGGCCGCGACACAACUGGGGUCGUAAAAGACGAAACGCCAGUAGCAUCCUUCCAACGGGCCGAGAUGCGCUCGUCCGCUGGCCUACAUGGGGUCCCCUUAGACUCCCCAAGUGGACUUCCCCAUCAGGAUGCAUUGAUGCAUCCCUCUCUUGAGCUAUCCCCUAUGGAUUCUCUUAGGCGACGACCAGGUCAAGAUGCCAACUCAGCACUCAUCCGCAAUGUUCAAAUCCUCACGCACCCCUCGCUAUCUCUGAAAGAAGACUUUCGCUUGGACAUUCCUCCGUCAUCCACAUUGUCUCAACAAACAAUCACUAUCCCUUUAUCCCCUUCACAUCACUUGUUGACCGUCAGACCCACAUUAACGGCUAGUACAGCGCAACGGCAGGUCAAAGUCGUUGCCAUGAUGGGCACUCAACGCCUUCAUGCGACUGGAGAUGCAUCUACGCUGGCGUACGAUAUCCAACUCCAACCAGGUACUACAAAGGUUGACUUGGAGGCCAUAGCCGGACCGGCUAGGGGAGCUCCUAAAUCCGGCCCCCCAGGCUCCGAGGUGGAUUAUGAGCGGGUCACCAUAUUUUUUAACCUAUUGCGAUAA